AUGUGCACAAGGAGCGGACUAUUGUUAAUCAUCCUGCUUUUCUCUGAUGUUGCCACCUCCUUCGAAACACUCCCGGUUAUCAUCUGGCAUGGAAUGGGUAAUUUGAUGCCGAAGAAUAUCUAUUUUCUUUCUACAGGCGACCAUGCAAAGGGUGGGGGUAUAAGGCAGCUCGGUGAGGUUGUGCAGCAAAUGAUCCCUGGAACACAAGUGAAAUGCAUUGCUACUAGUCAGUCGGAUGCAGAGGAUAUUGAAGAUUCCUAUUUCAAACCAAUCGAUAUACAGAUCAGUCAGGUUUGCAACGAACUGCUGUCAGACCCUGUGUUCCGAGACGGUGUUCAUAUGAUUGGUCUAUCACAAGGCGGACUGUUUGUUCGUGCUUUAGCUCAACGGUGUCCGUUUAAAAAAAUCGGAGCUGUUGUUUCCAUUGGUGGACCCCAAAUGGGUGUAUUUGGUGUUCCAAAAUGUCGCGAUAUUGGACCAAUUCAUUGGUGCUUCGUUAUGGAUAAGCUAUUGUCUUACGGUGCAUAUUCAAGUUUAGUACAACAACACCUUGUGCAAGCACAAUACUGGCACGAUCCGCUCAAAGAAGAAACGUAUAGAGAAAAAUGCCAAUUCCUUCCUGAUAUCAACCAAGAAAGAGUAAGUGCAAAUCCAACUGGGUUCGCUGAAAUUUCACAGCUUAUCAACUCGACCUAUCGCGACAAUUUACUGAAGGUGAAGCAUCUGGUACUGGUCAGGUUCGCAGAUGACACAGUUUUGAAACCAAAAGAAUCUGAAUGGUUUGGAUAUUUCGAUGAUAUGACUUUGGAUAAAUUUCAUAGCUUGCAAGAAACCGAAAUGUACAAGAAGGAUUGGCUUGGACUGAAACGAUUAGAUGAAACUGGCCGACUCCAUUUCAUUGAGCUAGAAGGAGACCACUUGCAGUUCACGUUGGCAUGGUUCAAAGACAUGGUGGCAACCUAUAUUUCAUAAUUUCCUCCUCUCUGAACACGUGUUUUUACUCCUGUUCAAAUGCAUCCUACAAGCCUGCCGUAUUCACUUUUAAUGCGGUAAUUCCAUAUGUGAUUUAAACAACUUCCAAAGUUGACUUCUAUAAAUUUGUACUGAUUUCUGUUUGAUGAUACUAACAAAAGACAACUCGGCAAAAGGUAUUGCUGAUUCCGAAACUCAUUAAAAUUGUGGUAAGUGCUAAAACAAUCACGAUUAUCUGCCAAGUACACCAUCUGAGGACUUGUUUUUUUAUAGAAAAAACCCUCAUGG